AUGGUUGGGCACAGGUGUCAAUCCCCUUGUCCUGGAUUCUUUCGUUAUGCUCUUGAUAAUAGAACGAGAGAAGUAUUCGGGAGAAUUGAAAUUCCACACCCACCGAGGAAUGUGCCUAUUCAGCUUCGUGUCAGCUUGAGUAUUGCCACUGUUCUACCUACGCAAUACGUUGGUAAAAUUGAAUUAGCCAAAUCCCGUCAAGAAUCCGUGAAAGCCAUAGAAGCAGGUCAACCCCUGACGUAUAAUAUUUUCUUCCCACUCCAGCACCCACUGCCCUCGCUCACCGAAAUAUUGUUCAACAAUUACCAAUACUGCCUAGGACGCCGAGCGAACGCUCCAGUGGUAACGAAUAUCUUCCUGGAGCAUUAUCUAUACCCAGCGGGAGUUAAUCCAGGAUUGAAUGCUGCAUCACAAAGUAACAACAAUAAUCCGGAGAAUCCAUUCAAUCACAAAGAAUUGGAGAAUUAUCCAUUUUCUGAUGAAAAAUACCCAAUCACGCCAUCGUUUUCAUUACCCACCGGCCAGCCCCCCACCCACCGACCCCCCACUGCAGCCCCAGCGGAGCCACUCUUCGAUUCCACUCUAUUGAAUUUUUAUCAGGAUGAAAAUUGUGGAAAAUCCAACAAUGUUGAUCGUUCAACGACUAACGACACGCGGACGUAUCCCGGUCAGUGGCCGUGGCUGGUCGCCAUCUUCGUCGCUCGCUACAACUUUGAGUUUCAAUGCUCCGGGAAUUUAAUAACAGAUAAACAUAUACUGACAGCAGCCCACUGUAUGAUCUCAAAUGGCGACGAAAUCCCAGCGAAUUUAUUAUUAAUCUCCCUUGGGCGCUACCGACUGGAUCACUGGAAUGAACCCAGUGCUGUUACCCGUGAAGUUCUGGAAUUUGUUAUUCAUCCGGAGUACACUAAUAGAGGGAGUGCUCAUGCUGAUUUAGCGAUUCUGGCCCUCAGGGAGAGGGUUCAGAUGAAUCGGAGAAUUAAGCCGGUGUGUCUGUGGACUGGUGCUACUGCGUUGGAGUGGGUAGUGGGGAAAAUGGGGUAUGUCGUGGGAUGGGGAAAGGAUGAGAAUGGAGAUCAACAUCUGGGGGAGCCCAGGCAGGCACGAGUGCCCAUUGUUUCACAAGAGGACUGUCUCCGGAGUAAUUUGAAAUUCGUUAGAUCCGGGUCGUCCACCUCCAACAAAACCUUCUGCGCCGGUCGGCGAGAUGGCAGUGGACCGUGUAACGGGGACAGUGGCACUGGUUUAAUGAUUCAUGAUCAGACCACCGAUAGAUAUUACCUGCGCGGAGUCCUAUCGUUUUCACUUCUAGAUGAAAACAUGCGCUCCUGUGAUUUAUCAAGUUACGUUGUCUACGUCGAUGCCGCUAAAUUCUUAAAAUGGAUCCACAUUCAAAUUUUGUAA